AUGCGUGAGUAUAAAUUGGUCGUUUUGGGUUCUGGUGGUGUUGGUAAGAGCGCAUUGACAGUACAAUUCGUUCAAGGGAUAUUUGUAGAAAAAUAUGAUCCAACAAUAGAGGACUCAUACAGAAAGCAAGUUGAAGUCGAUAGUAGCCAAUGUAUGCUCGAAAUUCUUGAUACUGCAGGAACGGAACAAUUUACAGCAAUGAGAGAUUUAUAUAUGAAGAAUGGCCAAGGAUUUGCUUUGGUUUAUUCAAUAACCGCACAGUCUACUUUCAAUGACUUGGAAGACGUUCGGGAUCAAAUUUUACGCGUUAAAGAUACGGAUGAUGUACCUAUGGUACUUGUUGGCAAUAAAUGUGAUUUGGAAGAUGAACGUGUAGUUGGUAAAGAUCAAGGACAAACUUUAGCGAGAAGCUUCCAUAAUUGUACAUUCUUGGAGAGCUCAGCUAAAGCGAAAACAAAUGUAAACGAAAUAUUCUUCGAUUUGGUCCGACAAAUUAAUCGCAAAUCGCCUGAAGUUGGUAAUAAAAAGCCAUCUAAACGUCAUAACUGUGCCCUCCUGUGA